AUGGAUCUCAAGUUCCUGUUAUUGUUAGCGAUAGCCUUGAGGACCGCGCUUACUUCCGUCGGUAAAGUUUGCAUGGAAACCGCGACCGAGUGCGCCGAAGUCAGCAUUGAGGAGGUGGCGACGACCGUCGUAAACCUCGAGGAACUUGAGAGCAAAAUAUCUCGACUUGAGAGGAGACUGAGAGCCGUAGAGCAGCCAGUGUGGCAGAUCAGCGGAAGACCCGAUGAUUGGGAAGUCUGCGCCGAAGGUCCGUGCAGAUGCAGGCCGGAAACGAGGUCGAUAUCCUGUUGGGGGAGAAAUUUUUUGGACGUACCACCAACGCAGCUGGUACCAAACGACCUGCUGAAGUUGGACCUCGGAAGCAACCAGCUGACGGCCCUGCACAGGGACACUUUCUUGGACUUGAGGCAGCUGGUUCAUCUAGACUUGAGUGACAACCAGAUCGAACACUUGCCGCUGAACCUCUUCUUCUCUCUUCACGCUGUCACGCAUCUCAGACUUAGCAACAACAUGCUGCGGGAGCUACACCGGAACCAGCUACUCCGGAUGCGUCGGCUUCACAUACUCGACUUCUCCGCCAACAAGCUCAGCACUCUUCCCGCGACGCUCUUCCUGACCACGUCAACGUUGGCCAUUUUGGAUCUCUCUUCCAAUCGCAUUGUUGCCUUGCCUUCCGGCGUUUUCAACGGUUUGCGUGACCUGGAGGAGCUGCUACUGACCAACAACCUUCUUACCACGCUGCCCGGAACGACCUUGCAGGAUUUGAGCAAUCUGGUUUCCCUCAGACUCGAGGAAAACAGACUGGAGCACUUGCCCGUUGAGUUUUUCGAGGCCCAGAUCCACUUGAGGGAAUUGAACCUUCGGGGGAACCAAUUCACCCGAAUUCGCGACGGGCUUUUCAAGCAGUUGUCCAGUCUGGUGGUGCUGGAGUUGUCGACCAACAGAAUAUCCCGUAUAGACUUGAAAGCCUUCGAGGGUCUGACCUCAUUGAAGGAGCUUCAGCUCGGUCACAAUUUGCUAAGGACUGUGUCCCCGGGAUUGUUCAUGCCCGUUGGAUCUCUAGAUCGUCUGGUAUUAUACGCAAACGGAUUGGCGGUCCUGGAGGCUGGAACCUUCAAGGGUCUGACGAACCUGACGAUUCUCCUGCUGCACGCGAACCACCUGCGAGUCGUGCAUCCAGAUCUCCUUCAGGACACGCCAAACCUGCGAAAGCUCCAACUGGAGGCCAACUAUCUGUCCUACUUGCCGCCUCGUUUCCUGGACGGGAUUCCCAGCAUCCGUCAACUGCGGCUGGAGCGUAACCCCUGGCACUGCGACUGCAGUGCUGCCUACCUUUCGACCUGGCUUCGCAAGCGGUACCUUGCUGGUCCCAGGGGAAACCACUUGGCCAGCAACAAGUCCAGCUUCUGGGAGUAUGGCGCCGGCGCCGUUUGCCGAGGUCCCGGUGCUCUCGGUGGGAGACUCGUCGUCGAGCUGUCCUUUCACGAGCUCUGCGAAGGUCAGUGGGCAUCCAUGCGAGGUCUGGUGCCUCGAUUACCGGUCGAAUCGCCCACGACCACCUUACCGUCCACCGUGCUGCAUUGAUCUGAAAGUAUAGUUAUUAGGAAUUAAGAUCUUCAAGAUUCGAGAUUCUAAGGUAUGUGUAUGAGACUUGAUCGGUUUUUGGAUUCAAAUGUUGCUAAAAUAAAAUGAAAAAAAAAAUAAAAAAAAGGAAACAAACAAGAACGUACGUAUAAUAAAAUUCUAAUACCUACUCAUUAUGGGCAUAUACAAUGUGAUUACCGAUCAUAAUAAUACACGUGUUGUCCAGCCGAUAGCAUGCUCGAUGUUUAAUCCGUUUCUGAACUAUUAGAUGUAGGUAUAGAAUAGGUACUUGAGAUUCGACGCGAUUGGCAUUGGAUAUAUUUCUACGAAGAGUUUAGAUAAGCCGCGGCACAUGAGCUAGUUUUCAGAUUGAUUGUUAUUGUACCGGAGGCUGAUCGUCGGGUUGCGUCUGGCGAAUUUUUGUAUUUCAAAUCUCAUUUUUCAUCCACAAACCAGCAUGUAUAGUAUUAUCGCUUACGAUUCAAAUAUAUCAAUUAUCGCGGAUAGUGGAAUUCUCGAGUAAACUCUAUGGUGAAUAAGUAUACAUCAUUCCCACCGAGCGCUUACGGGCGGUAUUUCUACUCGAGAGCUGUCGAGGCUGCUAAACUAAAGAAGUGGGAGCUACCGUCACUCAGAAGUCACAGACCUUUCAGGU